AUGCCUUUCGAUAGUGAUGUAUUCUCUCUUCCUUCUGGCUACAAUGCUCCUCAGCAGGUGCAUAUAACUCAAGGGGCUCAUGUGGGAAGAUCAGUGAUAGUGUCUUGGGUGACUCAAAACGAACCUGGUUCUGAAACCGUUGUUUAUUGGGCCGAAAGUAGCCACCGGAAACACAACGCCACCGCCAUGGUCACUACUUAUAAGUAUUAUAACUACACAUCUGGAUUCAUUCAUCAUUGCACUAUCAAGCAUUUAAAGUUUGAUACAAAGUACUAUUACGAGAUCGAAACCAGUCCAACGGUAAGGAGGUUCUGGUUCAUGACUCCUCCAGCCGUCGGACUUAUAAACAAAUUAUGCAGCCACCAUCUACCCUAUGCUGCUACAAUUGGAUCUUUUUUAAUGCUGUAA